UAAAAUGGUUGUGCACAGCACCUGAGAGUGACAAGUCGAAUGUUCUUGAUUUGUAGGUGUUACGUUUACAACAAAAAGGGUCGGCUGGUCAACGCACCCUACGUGGACAACUCCUACAAGUGGGCUGGUGGUGGCUUCCUGUCCUCAGUGGGGGACCUCCUGAAGUUUGGCAAUGCCUUGUUGUACAGUUACCAAGCCGGACAGUUUAAAGGCAGCGCCGGCAAACUCCUGCCCGGGUACCUCAAACCGGGCACGGUGUCCAUGAUGUGGACCCCGGUGCCCAAAACAGAGGUGUCGUGGGACAGGGACGGCAAAUACGCCAUGGCCUGGGCCGUGGUGGAGAAGCAGCAGCAGUGUGGCUGCUGCAGGCAGCAGAGACACUAUGCAUCCCACACCGGGGGGGCGGUGGGGGCCAGCAGCGUCCUCCUCAUCCUGCCGGAGGAGCUGGGCCCCGGGGCCGGGGGUGCCCCGCCCAGGGGAGUGAUUGUCACCAUUGUGUGCAACAUGCAGUCCGUGUCGCUCAGCGGCACCGCCUUAAAGAUUGCCAGGGAAUUCGACAGGGAAAAACGGGCACAGUGCCCUGACUGAGAGCCUGGGAGUGUGGGACAGAACCCAGGUGGUGAAACAGGAACAGUGAAGGGAGGAGGUGGAAUUGGGGCUCCGAGAUCACUGAGAACAUGGGAAGAAAAAGCAUCAAAAAUUCCCUUAAUUAACCUCUGCUAAUGGUGCUAAACUUAACUGGAAUUCAUCUCUCAGGGACGUUCCUAACUUACAGAAAAGGAGAAUGUAACAGUCAAGUUUGACUUCCUCUAGUACCUGUCACGUUUCUUAUUUGUUUAAAAAAGCCAACAAAGCCCAAACCUUGAUGCUACCUCCAGAAUGCAGAUUUAUACCAGAAGCAGGCUUUUGUCAGAGCUGUGGAUUGUUAAGAGUUAGAAAAGAAUGAAGCCAGAGCAAUGUAAGUACAAAUCUUUUUGGUUUUCAGAUGUUCUCUCAUCCAUUUUUAUUGGACACGGAGACUGUGUGAAAAAAAUAGUUUACUGUGCGGUAAGGGGAUUAUUUCUGCAGUCAGAUGCACCCAAAUGGCACAACGUGGUGAGCUGCCAAACUGUCCCUUUGUUUUUGAAUGAUCCACGUGCUAACUUGGUACCAGAAAUGGCACUGUAUCCUGUAAAGUAAAUAUUCCUUUGCACACAGGAAUUAGGAACUCAGUAAAAUGUCGAGCCCUUUCUUGAAGCCGGCAGUAGAAGCCUGACAGACUUGGGAGAGGUUUUUUGGAAAGCCAUCCUUUGCUCCAUUGGGAG